AUGGCGGAGGUGACAGCAAUGGUCACUACCACCCUGGACUAUGAGGUGAUAUUGUGGAACCAAACAAAAACUGGCAAAGGGAGCGAUACAGCGAAAAAGAUUUGGACCACAUACAUAGAUAAGAGAGCCCUCCAAGCUGCAGCUAGGGGCACUGCCAACACUGAUACAACUACGUAA